GGAGUUAAUCCGUUAAUUGGCCUACUGCACUGCACCUGGCAAACAUAGUUAACUGCAGGUGGCAUUUCUCUCCCAUAGCCUACUGAGUUUUAUUCUGAAAAAAUAAUCAAAAAUGCCGCAUUUUGUUAACAGAGACCAAAUUUUUGCGCAUCAGGUGCAUCUUCUUGAGCACAAACUCCGGAGUAAAGAAGAGCGGAUUUUAGAGCUGGAGACGGAGAACGCACUUCUUCACCUGAGGCUUGCUGAGUGUAUGGGAAAACUUCGACGGGAUCGAGAGGAGGAUGUGAUUCUGGCAAAGAGGCACUGUCAGCACCAGGGAAAAGUGCAAAAGAGCACUCUUGUUCCACUGGCCAAACUCCUCUCACACGUCCAGGCUCUGAAGAAAGAGCUGAGGGAUGUUUUCGCUGUAUACGUGGGCUUUGCCACAGAGCUGGAGAACCAGAGCAAACAGCUGAUGGAGUGGAUGGACAUAAUCGGAAAAGCUGUCCAGGGCGACCAAGGUGGUGACACCCAGAGGCUACAGGCACAGGUGGCCUCUCUGGAGGGCUCCCUACAAGAGGAAAAGGAGAGGCACAGAUCAGAGCGGAUGAGGAGGAGGCAGAUACACAACACACUAAUUGAGUUGAGGGGUAAUAUUAGAGUGCACUGCAGGGUGCGCCCCAUCUUACCUUUCGACCACAUUCAAGGUUCUUUAUCCACUAACGGGCCCUCAUCCUCAGAGGUGGUGGUGCAGGCUGUUAGUGAUGACUCUGUUCUUGUGAAUUGUACCAAGCCUGGGAGUCCAGUAAUGAACAAAAUGUUUGAAUUUGAGAGGGUACAUGGUCCAGAGGACUCGCAGGAUGCUGUCUUUGAAGAAGUGAAGCCUCUUUUAACUUCUCUGUUGGACGGGUAUAACGUGUGCAUCAUGGCAUAUGGGCAGACAGGCAGCGGAAAGACGUAUUCGAUGAUCGGAUCUCAAGAUGAGAAUCGCACACAUCCUGAUCAGGACUCGCAGGAAGGAAUUAUUCCCAAAGCAGCUAAGGAGUUAUUCAAGUUGAUCUCAGAAAAGCCAGCAGAAAGACACACAGUGGAGGUUUCCAUGGUGGAGGUUUAUAAUAACGAGCUGCUGGACCUUUUGGCCAAAGAUGAGGACGGAGCAGCAGUGGGGGUGAAGAGAGAAGUCAUCACGACCAGCCCAGGGACUAGUGAAGUGCCCUGUCUUACAUACGAGUUGGUUCAAAGCUCAGUGGAGGUGAUGCAGCUGCUCAGCACUGUGUUGAGAGUGAGGGCACACAGUCCCACGCUAGUGCACCGAGACUCCUCAAGAUCCCACCUAAUUGUCACUCUCACUGUCACAUCCAAGAGCCCCAACCCUCAGGCACUGGCUCACAGGUUGCAGAGUGCGAGACAGAACGUUCAGCAUUGUGGACCACAGAAGCAGUGGUGGAGCCCCCGCUGCCCCAGAGCUGCCUCCUCUCGCUCCUCCAGCUCUAAUUCUUCCCCUCAGUCUUCCCCCUGCCAUUCACCGUGCCCCGCCUCUUGGCAUGUCGUACCCCAGGAACCUCUCAGAACAAAACUGCAGCUGGUUGACCUGGCAGGCAGUGAGUGUGCGGGCACAUCAGGGGUCAGUGGCGCAGCUCUGUGGGAGAGCUCCUGUAUAAACCGCAGUCUCUCGGCGUUGUCUGAUGUUCUGGGAGCUCUGGCAGAGCAACGUCCCCAUGUUCCUUACCGUAACAGCAAACUCACCCACCUUCUGCAGGACUCUAUAGGAGGCGAUGCUAAACUUCUGGUGAUGCUCUGUGUGUCUCCAACUCAGCACUUUCUGUCAGAGACUCUGCAGUCUUUGGGCUUCGGCUACAGAGCCAGACAGGUUCAGAGACACACACCGCACAGGAAGAAUGCUGGGCUGAAGAGGAAAUAAACCAGAAGACCACAGAGCAUAAAAUCCGAGAGAGAAUUGAGCAUUUUACAGCUUAUAAGGAUUCAGCCUACGUGUGAGGUUUCAUGAUAUAAGGCCAGGUCAUGGGACCACACAGCACAGAUAUCACGUGGUGCAAUAUGAGACACAACUUUUUUUUUUUUUUAUGAUGAGGAGGUAUAAAAUGAUAGUAUUGCAUGUAAUUACUGCCUCUACGGUGUAGUUUUAAUGUGGUAUUUUUGAAGUAAUUACUAUGUUGUUGCUUAUGUUACUGGCUUGUUGUAACAGGAACAGGUCGGAUUAUAUUCAGAAUUGUCUUCAAUGCAGUAUUUACAGAACAAGGUAGACUUUUCAGAAUACGUAUUGUUGGGAUUAGGUAAGACUCAGAAGGCAUUCAUCAGUUCAGUAGUUUUCAGUUAGCCAAAUUAAAUAGUAAUAGGCUAUCAAACAAUAGGGGAAGAGUAGACAUUCUUAAUAGAUAUGCUUUAUGCUUAAGUUAUGCUUAAGUUAUCCAGCCUGGUGACAUACCAGUUUUGCGUGUAAAUGGGCACAUCAUUAAAUAGUUUGUAAUUGUGAUAUAUAUAUAUUCGAAAUCCUUUGAUCGUCCUUGUCUGAAAAUGCGAAUACUUUACCAGACAACUGUUUUAACACCUGCAUGUUUCAUGGGUUUUACAUGUAUUAGUUUAGGUGGGUGAUGGACAGGUAUAAACCAAUUAUAUAUAACUAAGGCUGUUUUAAAAUGUAUAAUAGUGUUAUUUAAAUGAAAUAAAAGCG